AUGAUCUCUGGACCCAUCGAGCUCGUUGACCGUGUCUGCAUGUGCGGAUGCGGCGGCCCCAAGAGGUGCUCCUGCGGCGAGGGCGGCAGCUGCGGAGGCUGCCUGCCUUGCGGCGACGAGGGUGACGAGGGCGACAAAGGCAAUGAGGGAGUGACGAAGUAG